GCCAGUCCAAGUUCAGAAUCUGAAGAGGGAUCUCGGUUUCUCCCAAGAUACGUCGUGAUCUGAUACAGAAUUAAAAUUCACGUAUUUGAUUUAAUUCUUGUUGCUGGUUGCGCAGAGUUUUCACUUCACCAUUUCAAUAUACAUGUGCUAAGAUGAAUCGUUUGCGCAGUGUUUCCGUGCUGCUACCAUUUAUGCUGGUCAUUCUUCACUCUUUUUCGACUGUACAUUCGAACAAAGUUGCUACCUGGGAUCUAUCGUCGAAUGAACUUCUCCCAAGUUACUGUGGGAGAGUUAUAGAGAGCAGAGUUGGAACGGAUCAAAUUGUACACCCGAACACUCACCCGUGGACAGUUUUAGUGGAGUAUGACACGGCGCGUGGCAAGAAAACUCCAUGUAACGGAAUCCUCAUCAGUAAACGUUACGUGUUGACGGCCGCGCACUGCAUCUUAGGUGCGACUUCGUGGACGUUGUCCGGUGUUCGUUUCGGCGAGUACGACAGAAGUUCGGAAAAGGACUGUGUCCAAAACGAUUCGGAUUCACAGUGCUCGGACGAUCCGGUGAGCGUCGGUAUCGAGGAAUCGAUUGUUCACGAGGGCUAUCCAACCAAACCGAGUUUCAGUCAGAUCAACGACAUUGCUCUGAUUAGACUAUCACGCCAAGUCAAUUUCACCGAGUACAUAAAGCCGAUUUGUCUUCCCUCGAACGCUUCGCCGAGCCUGAAAGAUCCCGUCGUAGUUGGUUGGGGUGCCGUAGGCACGCAGCAUGACGCCGAUGUCAAAGCUAGUUUUGCGCUCAAAAUAAUAGACUGCGAAGAGUGCUCGGAAAUCUACAAGAAUCAUUCUGUCGCGAUCGACGGAGAUCUGCAAAUUUGCGCUAAAGGUGAACGGGAAAAAGACCUCUGUAAGGGAAGCGGAGGCGCACCCUUGAUGACGUUGGACGGCGAUAGUCGAGAUGGCGCAAAGUGGACCGCAGUUGGACUUGUUUCUUUCGGCACAUCGACUUGUAAUUCCGAAACUUACCCUACAGUUUAUACCAGAGUAUCUAGCUACGUACCUUGGAUAUUAUCCAAGAUUAGGGCUUGAAUACUUUGUUCAAUUAUUUCUAACAAUUUAUUCACGUUUCGACCUAUGUGACAAUCAUACGAGUAUCCACGCCGUUAUUUCAUAUUUGUAUUUGUAACAUGUCAUUUUUAAUCGAUUCCCAAUAAAGCUUUCCUCCUGUA